GCGUAGUUUCGGCGAAGUACAGUCCGGAGAGCGAAAGUGCGAAGGAGGGUUGGGGGUGGGGUGAGAGGCUGUGCGAUGGGCGAGAAGGAAUGACGACGGAGGGAGAGGAAACCGCGUCUGUUCACCUCGGCGCGUGCGGAAGGCGAGUUCUUGACAAGGGGGGAGCUCUGCUGUGGGAAGAGACGGUUGGUUCGAGCAACAGCUUGGAAUGGGAAAAGGGAGUGACGAUAGAGGCUGUUGGCUUGAUACCCCUGCGGAUGACCAAGGAUAUGGAGGCUCUUUGAACCUUAUGCCAGGUCGGAGUAUCAAGAAAUGCUCCAAGGCCGCAGCGACAUGGAAAACGGCCGCCAUAUACGCAGCUACAGCCCUUCUUGGCUGCUGUUGGUUCGCCAUCGCAGUCGUGAUGACCAUGAGAGGCGGGACGGGGAGGGGUCGGACUUGUUGGGGGGGUCUGGGCUCAGCUGCAGUCGGAGUGCCAAGCAGGAGAGCAGAGGUGCGGAUCGGACCCGCCGUAACGUCAGACUCCCUAGACUUGCAGCGGCGUCAGGGAAGCAAGGACGAAGAAGCGGUGGCAGCGCAUGGCGGACGGGACAUGGCAAGGGUGCUGGUUGAGCAGACAUCGCCGUCGGACUUCCUGAAGGUGUACGGUACAGAGCUGCUGAAGACAAAGCGGCUCGUGCUUCACCAUACACCCCAGCUCCCUGUGCUUGCGGACCUCAGCCCGUCAGACGAGAGGUACUGCAACUGGCUUUUCCGGGACUUGGUGUUCCCGCCAUCGCCGGACAACCUAAGUUCCAUGGUCUCCUUCUACUAUGUGCUGGAUGAACGCUGCUAUGCGAGCGGAAAUGGGACCGAAGACGAGUGGCUGAUGUCCAUCAGGAAGGCGAACGUGAAUAUCACGAGUUCUGAAGCUCAAGGCGCGGAGGCUCCGGCUGAUCUUGACGUCAUUACUUAUUGGUGGCCCCUUCGGGAACCGAAGGGACCAAGAAAAACUUUCCCUACAGUGUGGCAGAGGUAUAACAGCAGCAGUGUCCCCAUGGCUUCGUUUAUCGGAAUGGAGCUUUCCCGGCUUGGAACCAACCUAGUCUUUGCGACCCAUAGAACCAGCGGGACCAUGAAAGCGCAGGUCACGUUCCUUUCCACCGCCUACGGCAAUCGAUCUUCAGCGGCCAUAGAUUCAGAUUGGGCGGACGGCUUUGCGUUCAAUCCGCAGAAGACGAAGCUGUACCUUAGCGACCCGAAAGAUCAACCACGACUUCUCUCCUUUCCCCUGGGGCAGGAGGAGGUACCGCUGACGGACUUCCCUGUUUACAAGACGGAGCAGAUCUUCAGCGGCGGAGUCAAUGGUGGUGGUCCCAACGUCAGCAGUGUGAGAUUCGGCAGGCAGAGUCUGACGGCAGACGGGAAGUGUCUCUACUUCGUUGACUAUCUGUCGAACCGAUUGUGGGCGGCGAACCUUAGCUUGCCGCAGCUCAAUUUCACGCUGGUGGCGGGAACAGGAGAAGCCGGAAGGGAUGAUGGAUUGCCAUUCCAGGCCUCAUUUAAGGGCUUGCGAUCCGUGGUGGCGACUCCAGAUGGGUGCAAUCUAUUCACGACGGAGGUCAAUGCGCCGGGAGUUGUUCGCUGGCUCCAGCUUGAUGCGCCCUGCGGUAAGGCAAGGACCGUGGUCACCGUUGCGGAAUUGGUGAACUGGGGCCUCUGGAGUCUGGCCCUCCAUGACGAUGGGACCAAGCUGACACUGUAUGUGGGAUCCAACAGGGGACACCUGUUCCAGCUGGAGAUCGAUCGCGACGAUGACGAUGACGACUACGAGGAUGAUGAUGAGAAUGAUGAUGAGGAUGAUGAUGAGGAUGAUGAUGAGGAUGAGGAUGAUGAGGAUGAUGAUGAUGAGGAUGAUGAUUUCGAUGAUGAUGAUGAGGAGGAGGAGCCCAUAAUGAUAUGGUUGAUGCUUUUGGGCUGGAGUCGUAGUACAGCAAGUUCACGGGGAGGUUUGCGCAAUACACGAGUGCGUACCAGAUAAAGGAGCAGCCUCAGACUGACUGGCAACUCCGUCAAUCUGUCACUCCAUCCAACGGGGAUUGUUCAACAGACCAGCGAGGGGGAAAAAAAAAGAAGAAAAAAAAAUGAAAAAGACAACAGAUC